UAUCUAAAAAUGUGUUCAGCCAUAAUGAUUGUCAAAUUGGCUUUUGUGACACUAUUGAGCACAUUCUUUGUCUCCGCUGCCAAAGUGCAAAUCUCCAAGUGCGGCGGCUGUCACAAGAUUAAGAGCGAAUGUCCGGAGGUUACCCAGAGCGGCAUCUUCUGUGACAGUCUAGCAGAUCGUGAGAAAAUCCGAGCCUACUCGCAUCCAAAUGAAACCGCCAACAAUGGCACACUGGCGGCAUGUGUGCCCAGUUAUUAUGAGGUCACCGCCGACAUAACGGACUGGUGUUGCUUUUGGAAUCCAGCAAUUGGCUGUCAACAGCUGACGGGCAGCUACUACCAGCAGCAUUCCGACUGGCAUGAAACCUGUGAGCUCUGCCUGCACUCGUGUGAAUGUGAAACAAAAAACUCAGCAGCAGCUAGGAGCUGCCUCAGCAGUGUACUCUUCCUGCUCUGCCUCACUAUUUUGGGCAUUUAUUGGGAGCUAUGAAAGUGCCUUUUGUUUAAGAAAAUAUUAUAAACUUUUGU